AUUUUGUCAGUGCUGGAGGCGUUACUCCUUUUAUUUCAGAAGCAUUUAAAAUCCGCACCCAUGCUCACUCGCACCAUUCACCACAAACUCGCUCUGGCCCCCGCUCUUUUGGUGUUCCAUCUUUCUUACGCGAUCUUAUCCAGUGGCCGCGGUGCCGAUUUCUCGCCGUGCUCCAAUUCCGCGUCGAGUAUCUUGCCGAGGAAUUUACCUGCGCCGGAGCGCACCGAGCUACUUCCCCCGGCUCACCGCUGCCCAGGGUUCGAGCGCGCCCACGUGGCCUCCAUCCGAAGCCGCUCCUCCUCCUCUUUCUCAUCCCAGCCGUUCCUCUCCCCUAUUUAAAUCCACGGAGCUCCGCCCACGUUCGCCGGUUCGCCCCUCUCUUGCGGUCGUCAUUAGAGAUCGAUCGUCCGGUCUGGUAUAAUCGCUUCCUCCCUUCUCCCGUGCUUUCUCUGGAUUUGUUUUUAGCUGCUUCCAUGGCGAAGCCAGACAAGUUGAAGAACAAGAGACCCGCGGCUUCCGCUUCUGCGUCCACUGCCCCCUGGAAAAAGAUUAAGAAGAAAAACAAGGGGCAAAAGAUCAAAGAUGCCACUGCGACUGAUUCGGCGAAUGCUGCGGCCUCUUUGCAGGACCCGACGCCGGCCUCUGCCUCGACGGUUGCCCCGGCGGCGAAAGAUGGCAGACAGGCUGAGGGGAAAAAGAAGGCUGAGGGGCAGAAAGGUGAAGAGAAAGCGGAAAGGCGGUCCGGAUUCAUCUUCAUGUGCAGUGGGAAGACGAAGCCAGAGUGCUUCCGCUACCGGGUGUUCGGGCUGCCUAAGGGGAAGAUAGUGCUGGUGGAGAAGAUCCAGCCGGGGACAAGGCUGUUCCUCUACGAUUUUGACCUGAAGCUUCUCUACGGGGUCUACAAGGCCACAACCAAGGGUGGGAUGAACCUGGAACCACGAGCUUUUGGAGGGGGAUUCCCGGCUCAGGUGAAAUUCAAGAUCCAUGAGGAUUGCAUACCUAUACCUGAAACUCUUUUUAAACAUGCUAUACUUGAAAAUUACAACUCAAAGGGCAAGUUUACACCAGAACUCAAUUCAAAACAGGUCCAGAAAUUGCUGUUAUUGUUCCGCCCUAUCAAUUUACCACCUCAAGAAACACCUCCUCCCAAGUAUGCGGAGGAUCGGUACCCUGCACCUCCUGCCCGGUAUGUGGAGGAUCGACGCCUCCCACCUUCUGCUCCGUAUGUUGAGGAUCGGCUGCCACCACCUCCUGCCCAGUAUGUUGAGGAACGGCUUCCGCCACCUGCUGUUCAUUUGUCCCCUCUGGAGGAUGCUUAUAGAACUGUGUCACGUGUUCCACCUAUUGAAUACAUUCAACAAGCGCCUGCUCCUGGAAAUGAUCCAUAUACACAUUAUGCACGUGCACCACGUGGCAUCGAAGCUCGAUAUGUUCCAUCAUCUGUUCUGCCUCUAAAUGAUCCGUAUUAUCCGGCACCUCCAAAUGAUCCAUAUUAUCCGGCACCUCUAAAUGAUCCGUAUUAUCCGGGACCUCCAACUGAUCCGUAUCAAGUUGAGAAGAGGCGAUCUUACUAUGGAGAAAAUCCUAUUCCAUCUGAGCGUUAUAGGGUGGUGCCUGAGAUGAUACCGAGGGAUCCACUUCCUCCACUGACUAGGGACUUUAGAGCCCUUGCAGGGAGGGAAGCUGUGAUGCUUCCCCGUGCAGAUCGUGUGGAUGAUCUUUACUACCCUGAGCGAGUUGUUGGUCAUGCUGCUGUAGAUGUAACCCACCAACCAAGCCGUUGGGCGUCAAGCUAUGAGGAUCCAAACAGAGCACAUGCUGUUAGUCUGGAGAGGCCAGUCGCUAACAGGGCUAAUGUGGCAAACUUGCCUGUAUCAUCUUUUUAUUCAUUUUCUGGUGCUUCUGCAUCUCGCUGACCAUUGAGACCGUAAUCUGACCGUAUGUUGUCGCUCUGCACUACCAAGCUAACAUCCUUAUGUGUUCGCAUGAUUUGUAUUUUGAAGAAUUAUAGCAUUAAGUUUUUGCCUUUGAACAAUCAGUACCCUCUUUCCUCUGGUACAAAUAGCAACUCUGGAAGAGCUUUUUAUGAAGUUACAUUUUAUUUGCCAGCUGUGAAAGCCCUAUAGUUUGUUCA